AUGGCCAGCACUGUCGCCGCCAAUUCAGUGAUUGAAUUCUCCGAUGAUGAGUCUGAAGCCGGACCGUCGAUGGGCUUUGCUGAGCGUCAAGCCGAGACCAUCAAGAAGCUCUCAGCUGAGUUUCAAUGCAGUGCUUGUACCGAUCGCUUUCCACGAGCACACAUGAUUACUGCGAAGUGUAGCCAUCGUUACUGCACUGCUUGCAUCAAGCAUCUCUUUAUGCGUUCUACGAACGAUGAGAGUCUCUAUCCUCCUCGAUGCUGCAAACAGGAAAUACCUCUUGCCCUGGUGUCCAAGCACAUGAAUCCCGAGGAACUGGCGACAUUCCAGCUGGCCAGGGUAGAACACGCGACAGUAAACAAGACCUACUGCAGCGACCAUGCAUGUGGCGAGUUCAUAAUCCCCGACAACAUUGAGCCUGGCACGCAUCGGGCGACCUGUACUAAGUGCGGCACCACCACCUGUUCCAUUUGCAAGAACGGAGUCCAUGCAGGAGAUUGCCCGGAUGAUGAAUCUCUUCGUCAAACGAGGGAGAUGGCUCGCGUAUUGGGAUGGCAAGCUUGCUAUUCUUGCAACAGAGUGGUGCAGCUUCGGAGUGGAUGCAACCACAUAACGUGUCGCUGUCGCGCAGAGUUCUGCUACGUUUGCGGUGCAGCUUGGAAAACCUGCGCAUGUGCCAACGCAGACAUCAAUCGCAUUGAGGAACGUGCAGAAGAAGUCGUGGAUCGAGAUGCUCCGCGUUAUCUGCCUCCUGCUGAACGACGCGCGCGCGUGGAUCAAGUGUUUGCUGACCUCCAGGAGAACCAUGAGUGCACACAUUCCCGACGAUUUCAGCGCCUAACAAAUGCGCCCAGGAGAGGCUAUCGCUGUGAGUUGUGCGAUGCUCAACACUACAAGUACAUCUUGCAGUGUCGGCAGUGCUAUGUCAACGUCUGCGAGGAAUGCCGUCGCAAUCGCAUCUAG